UCUAUCUCUCUCUCUUUUUACAAAUCCUUUCUCUUACUAAACUCGUUAAAGAAACCUUAUUGAAAGAAAAAAAAAAAGAAUGGAGAGUAUGUUUCGUCUGAUGGAUCAUGAUCAAGAUUCAACGACUAACCGGUGUAUUUGGGUCAAUGGACCUGUCAUCGUCGGAGCUGGACCUUCGGGACUAGCCACGGCCGCUUGUCUACAUGAACAAAACGUUCCUUUCGUUGUUCUCGAGAGAGCUGACUGUAUUGCUUCUCUAUGGCAAAAACGUACUUACGACCGUCUCAAGCUUCACCUUCCCAAGCAGUUUUGUCAGUUACCCAAAAUGCCCUUCCCCGAGGACUUCCCUGAGUACCCGACCAAGCGCCAGUUCAUCCACUACCUUGAGUCUUACGCAUCACGGUUCGAGAUCAACCCUAAGUUCAACGAGUGUGUCCAGACCGCUAGGUUCGACGAGACUAGUGGGCUGUGGCGAGUCAAGACCGUCUCCAACACUGAGUCGACUCGGACGGAGGUCGAGUAUAUCUGCCGGUGGCUUGUGGUGGCUACGGGAGAAAAUGCGGAGAGGGUGAUGCCGGAGAUCGAGGGGCUUUCCGAGUUUUCCGGCGAGGUCAUUCACGCUUGUGAUUACAAGUCCGGCGAGAAAUUCGCCGGGAAAAAAGUUUUGGUCGUCGGUUGUGGAAACUCCGGCAUGGAGGUGUCACUUGACCUCGCAAACCAUCUCGCUAAGCCAUCAAUGGUCGUGAGAAGCUCCCUUCACGUGAUGCCGAGGGAAGUAAUGGGUAAAUCCACGUUCGAGCUUGCAAUGAAGAUGCUAAGAUGGCUUCCUCUAUGGCUUGUCGACAAGAUAUUACUAGUUCUGAGUUGGAUGGUGCUUGGAAACAUCGAGAAGUACGGGUUGAAACGACCCGAGAUGGGUCCGAUGGAGCUAAAGAGCGUGAAAGGCAAAACACCCGUGCUUGACAUCGGAGCUAUGGAGAAGAUCAAAUCAGGAAAGAUCGAUGUGGUUCCAGGGAUCAAAAGAUUUAACGGAAACCAAGUCGAACUUGUCAAUGGAGAACAGCUAGACGUGGACUCAGUGGUUCUCGCUACUGGUUAUCGCAGCAACGUCCCAUAUUGGCUACAAGAGAGUGAGUUCUUUGCCAAGAAUGGUUUCCCCAAGACAGUAACUGAUAACAACGGUUGGAAAGGGAGGACAGGGUUGUAUGCAGUUGGGUUUACGAGGAAAGGGCUCUCAGGUGCGUCAAUGGAUGCGGUUAAGAUCGCACAAGACAUAGGCUCUGUUUGGAAACUAGAAACAAAACAACCUACGAAACGCUCAACGGCUUCUCAUCGAAGAUGUAUCUCUCAACAGUUCUAACUUUAGAAAGAAAAAGAUUAGAGUUUAGGACAGAGAUAGAUCACUGAAAAGAGAAGAGCCCUCUCCUGAAGACCCGAACCGAAUCAAAAGGGUGUUGUGCGUAUGUGUUUUUUGUUACCUCCUCCACUUGUUGUUUUGGGCGCUUUGUGUAAACAGAGGAAGAUGUGGCCUUUUGUUUUCUAUUUAUUUUUACUUUUUUUUUUUCUUUUAUACUUUUAACAAUUAACUUUUUUUUGGGGGUGGGUUCUUUGAUUUUUUUGUACAAGUCUGUUUUCCAUAUUUUUACAUAGGUAACAUCUCUAUAUUGUAUACACUUUUCUAAUAUUCA